AUGUCGACUUCCGAGCGGACCUUCAUUGCCAUCAAGCCCGAUGGCGUCCAGCGUGGGCUGGUCGGCAACAUCAUCGGCCGCUUCGAGACCCGCGGCUUCAAGCUCGUUGCCCUGAAGCUUGUCUCCCCCGGCAAGGAGCACCUCGAGAAGCACUACUCCGACCUGUCGUCCAAGCCUUUCUUCAAGGACCUUGUCACCUACAUGAACAGCGGCCCCAUUGUCGCUAUGGUUUGGGAGGGCCUUGACGCCGUCAAGACUGGCCGCGCCAUGCUCGGUGCCACCAACCCCCUUUCCUCGGCCCCCGGUACCAUCCGCGGCGACCUGUGCCUGCAAAUGGGCCGCAACGUCUGCCACGGCUCCGACAGCGUCGAGAGCGCCAACAAGGAGAUUGCUCUGUGGUUCAAGGACGAGGACCUCAUCCAAUGGGACUCUGCCCAGAAGGCCUGGAUCUACGAGUAA